AUGACAGCUUGCGAGCGCGGUGGCAUCUUGCCCACUCCCCUGGACUUUAUCACCGGUGGCUCGAGCACUUUGGACGCAGCCAACUGGGCUCUGGCGGAUUGCGACAUCAUCCCCGUGGCCACGAUGUUUCGCAGUGUCCCGGAGGUGAAGGAGGUGGAUCUGAGCCAAAACACCCUGCUGACGGACAAGUCCCUGGUGCCGCUGCUGCAGAAGAUGAAGAGAAACCCGGCCUGCGCCACGUUGACCCGACUCAGCCUGAGGCAGUGUGUCAGAUUGAGGGAAAAGGCCAUUCAGGAGAUCAUCAAUCUGGUUGAGAGUUCCAGUGGCUUGAGCAACUUGAAGAUCUUGGAUGUGAGUGGUAUUCCCUUCCCAGUGCGACUUCAGCUGGACUUCUGUCUGGCCCUGGGUGAGCAUUCCAACUUGGAGAAUCUGCACCUGGCGGAUGUGGGGCUUGGCAGUAACCCCGUGGCGAAGCAAUGCCUGGAAGCGCUCUUCAGAUGCAACACGCUUUUGGCCUUGGACCUGAGCUGGAACGCCUUUGGAGAUGAGGUCUUUGGUGCCAUCGGCGCCUAUGUCUCACAGCCGCACGUGCAUUUGCGGUCGCUCUCCUUGUCGAACUGCUCCUCGGCUGGCACAGAGGGCACGGAUCAAGAUCGGCAAAGCGAGCAGGCCAAGCCCUUCAAACCGGUCAAUCUGAUGUUGGAAUGCCUUUCCAAAGCCAAGAGCUUGACGUACCUGGACAUCUCCAUCAAUCGUUUAGAUCUCACAGGUGCCUUGAUUUUGGAGGAUGCAUUGAGUCGACAUCGUAGCCUCACGGAACUGGAUGUUUCUCGCAAUCCCUUUGGGAGUUUGGGGGCUCAUUCCUUGAUGCGCAUGUAUGCGGUUUCGCGGCUGGAGCGGCUACAUUGCAUCGAGAGCUUUGAUGUGGGGAAUGCCCGCGGGGAAGCUUUUCAAGUCUCCAAUCCCGAGGGCGUCUAUGCUCUCAAUCUGUCGCUGCCCUAUCACCGGUCGAUCCUGCGCAUGCUGCUGAAAUAUUGCAAGAGACUAUCCCUGUCUCCGAAGCAGGCCUUUACAGACUGCUCCUCGAACUUGCCAUCCUUUUCGGAAGAUGAAGAUGGGAUUUUUCAGGCUGCCCAAACUCCUGGUGGUUCCUGGUGGUUCCUGGUGGUUCCUGCACAAGACGGAGGACAUAUGAUAUAUUAUAUAAUAUGUACAUGCAUAUAA